CCCACCAAGAACUACCGCUCCUUCACGGCUUCCCCCUUUUGAAUUCCGCAGCAGAGCACCGGAGACUCUGAGAAAGGGCAAUCGUCUUCAAUUAUAUUUGACCGUUUUACGAGCUUCGAUUUUGGAGCUAUGGGAGCCGAUAAGCGAGCAAAGCUACUCAUACUGUAUGCAACUCAAACUGGAAACGCCCUGGACGCAGCAGAGCGUAUUGGCCGCGAAGCUGAGAGGAGGGGCUGCCCAAUCACCCUCCGCUCCAUGGACGAGUAUGAUGCUAAUUUCUUACCUUGUGAAGACACUGUAGCUUUUGUUGUUUCUUCCACUGGCCAGGGAGAUACACCAGACUCAAUGAAGGUCUUUUGGAUGUUUCUGCUGCAGCGAAAUUUAAAUAACCAUUGGCUGGAAGGAGUGCAUUAUGCUGUGUUCGGAUUAGGUGAUUCUGGUUACCAGAAAUAUAAUUUUGUUGCUAAAAAGCUCGACAGAAGACUUUCAGAUCUUGGGGCUUCAGCUCUACUUGAAAGAGGUUUGGGAGAUGAUCAGCACCCUUCCGGGUAUGAAGGUGCUCUAGAUCCUUGGAUGUCGUUGUUGUGGAGUAUGCUGUACCAGAUCAAUCCCAAGUUCUUCCCAAAAGGUCCAGAUUUUAUGGUUCCAGAUAUGAAAUUGAUUGAUCAACCAAAAGUUAAAAUCACUUAUCAUGACGCUGCCAAUGUGUUUACAUUGCCAUCUAUCGCAUCAGAUAUUGAAUGUAUGGAGAAGCAAAUUGAGACAGCCCGUUCAAUGCAUCCUGGAAAAUUAUCACAUGCGGGGAAGCGACCUGACUGCUUUCUUAAAAUGAUCAAGAACCAAUUUCUAACAAGAGCAGGUUGUGGAAAAGAUGUGCGCCACUUUGAAUUUGAGCAAGUUUCAUCCUUGGUUGAAUAUGAAGUUGGCGAUGUCGUUGAGGUUCUCCCCAGUCAAAAUUCUGAAGCAAUAGAUUGUUUCAUGCAACGUUGCGGUUUGAAUCCUGAUGCUAUGAUCACUGUUCAACCUAGAGAAGUAGAGAAUGACCUCGAUACUCAGAUUAUUUCCUUGAAGGUGCCUGUCAAGUUGAAAACUUUCGUGGAAUUGACGAUGGAUGUUGCAUCAGCUUCCCCUCGACGCUAUUUCUUUGAGGUCAUGAGCUUUUUUGCUGGUGCUCAACAUGAGAAGGAGAGACUUCAAUAUUUUGCCUCGCCUGAGGGAAGGGAUGACCUAUAUCAGUACAACCAGAAGGAAAGAAGAACUGUUCUGGAGGUAUUAGAGGAUUUUCCUUCUGUGCAAAUGCCGUUUGAAUGGCUAGUGCAGCUUGUUCCUCCACUAAAACAAAGAGCUUUCUCCAUUUCUUCUUCUCAAUUGGUUCACCCAAAUCAAGUGCAUUUGACUGUUAAUGUUGUGUCAUGGACUACACCUUUCAAGCGGAAGAGAGCGGGUCUCUGCUCAAUGUGGCUUGCUGGACUUGAUCCCAAACAAACUGUUUAUAUUCCAGCAUGGUUUCACAAAGGAUCCCUUCCGUCUCCCCCACCAUCUCUGCCUCUCAUUCUUGUUGGACCUGGAACUGGCUGUGCACCUUUUCGUGGGUUCUUGGAGCAAAGAGCCAUACAGGAUGCUUCUGAAUCUGCUGCUCCAGUUAUAUUCUUCUUUGGUUGCCGAAAUGAAGAGAAUGACUUUUUGUACUGCGAUUUUUGGUUGUCUCAUUCGGAAAAUGGUGGCUUACUUUCAGAGGGAAGGGGUGGAGGUUUUUACGUUGCGUUCUCAAGAGAUCAGCCACAGAAGAUGUAUGUGCAGCACAAGAUGCAGGAAAACAGCCAGAGAAUUUGGGAUUUGCUGUUAAAGGGCGCCGCCAUCUACGUUGCUGGUUCUUCAACCAAAAUGCCUGCCGAUGUAUUGUCAACUCUCGAGGAUAUUGUAUCCAAAGAGGCUGGGGUGCCGAAAGAUUCUGCUGUCAGGUGGCUUAGGGCAUUGGAAAAGGCUGGUAAAUACCAUGUUGAAGCAUGGUCUUGAUUUAUAAUAUUGGCCUCAUGAGCACUUAUUCAUUAGGGAUGGGAAUUGAUGGUUUGAAUGAGUUUACGCUCCCUGGUUGAGGUAGAGAAGAUUGCCAAUGCUUUGAUAAAUCAUCUGUAAUUUUAGUUAGCCAUCAGCUCAGCCGAGACCCUGAUUGUUCAGACUCUCACACUAGGUUGACAAACCAUAUUCAUUGCAGACUUCGUGAAGUAGGUUUUUUUGUUUUUAUUUCAAUUGAAUUAAAAACAGAAGUUAUUUUAUAUUUUUUUGUUUAAAUUACAUCUUUUCAUAAUAAAAAAAAUGAAUCCCUCCCCAGCCCCUUGUCGUAGGAUGUGCAA